ACGCUUUAGAGCGACGCGCUCACUGAAACAUGUGAAUUACCAAAACAAACCACGCGGUUUAAAGAGCAGAGAAGUUUCUGUUAAAGCGGUAAAUCAGAGCAGAAAUGGUAGGAAAAAUAAAGCGGGCGCGACAGAAGCUUCACCACGGAGCUGUGAGGGUGGAGACGCAGAGCGGCUCCUCACAGAAGCUGGAGAAAGCGCCUGUAAACGCGCAGUUAAAGGAGCCAAACACGAUAAUAAAGCCUGCAACUCAACCAGAACCACAGCCAGCCAGACCUGCUGAGGAGACCCCGGACCUAAAGCAGGCCUUUAACUUCCCAAAGGGAAUAUUUUCCGGGACCAAAAUCACUCCGGAGGCUCUGGUCCAGACUCUGAAAGUCGAUGAACCUUCACCAGUCCGAACCACCAAGCAAGCCACCGAGGAGCAGAAAGGUAGAGAAGAGAAGAAACAGCAGUCGAAGAAGGAGAAGAUGAAGGAGAGGAGACAGCGAUGGCUGAACAAGAUCAGUGCAAUUAAAGUGGCCCGUGAGCAGCAGGUGGCGCUGGAGCGCAGGAAGGCCACGCCGGUGGUGGGGGAUAUGAGGGUGCUGGCCGACGCUCUGCCUGAACUGACCCAGCUGCUGCCCUCGGUCAGAGAGAGCGCUACUGCAUCAGCACAGAGGAGACACAAAGGUCCGGUCAGGAAGAAAGCAGAGCCCACAGACUACUACCAGAUGAAGCCUGCGCAGAAGAGAAAACUGCUGGAGACGGAAGCGUCCCAUUUCAGCGAGGCGAUGAAGGACCCCACCUUUAAGGCCAACCCCCUCGCUGCGAUUGGAGAACACCUGAGGAAACGCCUCAGACAGGAGGACGAGCAGAGUUAAUCCCACCAGCCCCCCCUCCCCCCACAGACUGUUCCAUACCCAUCCCUCCUCUGUUCCCAACACGCUGACCAACAGUAACUCAAAGCCACACUGGACACAGCAGCCCUGAAUGCUGUGGGCUAAUUUAAAACGGUGCCAUAACCACAGUAGCCUUAUUAAAGGGCCAGUCCAGCACGGUCAGGACUUUAAAGGGCCCAUAUCAUAGAAAACUCAGUUCCCUUUAUGUUAACAUAUAAACAUUGUUAAUGUUUCAAAACAUACUGUUCAUUCCUCAGUCUGUAGAGUCCACAUGUAGGAACUAAGCUGCAGCCUUAACUGCAACCUGCAGUUUUGAAUUCAUUGUUUUUGUGAUGUCACAAAAAAACAACACCUUUACAUGUAUCCAAUAGGUCAGACUACAGCAGUUUAGCCCCGCCCCUUCACAUAUAAGAUUCAAGGAAUGUUCUAGCGUGGAUGACUUUGUGAAUGAGGCACUAUACAGGGCAGCCAAUCAGAACAGAGCUCAUUUACAUAUAUGUCUUAAAGGGACAGUAACAAAAAAAAAAGCCUGUUUAAUUAAAAGGAAGAAAAAGGUUGAAUAUGGUCAUAUAAAAAAUGAAUUAUGACUAUUUUGGGUGCAUAACUUCAUAACUGGACUUCAGGGUUGAAAUAUAAGAUGCAAGAAAAAUGUAGGAUAUGGGCCCUUUAAUGUUUCAUUCUAUUAUACUAAUCAAUUUAAGCAACGUUAUUUUUUUUUUUUCGAUGAAAGAAAAUAUGUAAAGCUGUUUCCUGGGCAGUAUGUGUUUAUUUGCUUGAAACCAUAAGCACAAAUAAACAAAUAUGUAAUUUAUUGUGA